AUGCCUACAAGGUUACUUGAUCUUGGCACCGGCGAUUCAACAACGUGGCGCAUAAUCGAGACUCGGCAAGAACGACUUCCUUACGUUGCGCUCUCACAUCGAUGGGCUGAGAACACCCCGACGCUCCUGCGAAAGAACUAUGACGCGUACUGUGACUCUCAGCCAGAUGGCAUCUUACCCCAGAACUAUAGAGACAUGCUUGAUAUAUGUCGUGCGAUGUCGAUGCGGUAUAUAUGGAUUGACUCCCUCUGUAUCAUACAAGACGAUAACGGCGCCGAUUUCCGACAUGAAGCUCCCAUCAUGCUCGAUGUCUACCGUUAUGCCUUUCUCACGUUAAUGAUACUUUGGGAAUUCUCCGAUUCCACUGUCUUUCGCGACUGCCGACCCAGCACCAUAGCACGACCUCGGCCACAGUCGUAUAAGCGCCCUGCAUUGACAGAAAAUGGCCCAAAUUCCCUUUUUACCUAUUUAAAGAGUCUUGUGGUAUCCCAAGGAGACUCGUCGAGUCAAGACUCUAUGUCCGGUGCGAAUAACUACGCAUUUGUCAGGGUAGAAAACACAGGAAGCUACAAUUUUGACGUUAACAACGCACCUAUCAACAAAAGGGCAUGGGUUGUGCAAGAGCGAUGUCUGUCACGACGAAUUCUCUGCCUCGGAAAUGAGGAUUUGUACUGGGAGUGCGAGGGCGACUCGUCAGGCCCGUUCAUUGCAAGUGAGACCUCUCCUUUAGGUGUCCCGCACAUAUCACGUCGCCAUGGCUUUGACAGUCUUACAGGCAGCGAUGGUGGCGAGUAUUGGAACUUGCUUGUUGAGCAGUAUUCCGCUUGCCAUCUGACAUUCGAGGAAGACAGACUUGUUGCAUUUUCCGGAAUUGCGAGGGCUGUUGCGGAGUCGACUGGUGAUACUUAUCUUGCUGGCAUAUGGCUUGAGACAUGGAUGCAGGAUCUCCUCUGGGUGCCGGACAUAGCAAGGGAACAACCUGCUCGAGUGAAGCCCGCCACAAUGGGCACGCAGAGUAUGGUACUGCCUUCGUGGUCCUGGAUGAGCUUCUCGGGAUCGAUGAUUCCUGGUCUAUUAGUAGCUAAUGGCGAGGGACCGAGAAUUUCCAUGACAGAACCGGAUUCAUUCAAAUCCGACAGGUUUGACUGCCUGGCUCUGUUGAGUCAGCGGUCUAUUACACCGCCAGAGACUGAUCCUUAUGUUUCGUUUCAUCGGGCCAUUCUCCGAGUCAGAUGUCUCCUCAUUCCUGUGGAAUUUACAGGGAUUGCGGAUAUGCACAAGUUGCCAUCAUUCUUCCGGAUCACUCAGAACAUUGAGUCCAACUCAGCAGACCUAGAUUACUUGAGCCUUAUACCACGCAGAGAGAGAGAAGAUGGCUAUGCUGUGUUCACUUUGUCAUUCAGCAAACCAUUGAACGAAGCCCAUCGCUACUUCUUUAUCCCACUAUUUCUUCGCAAAGAUAAGUAUCAAGAAGUGAUCAAGUUCGGCCCCGACGACACUGAGGGCCAUGGAAUUAUUGUUGAAGAGACAGUCACAGACGGCGAACGUCAGUUCAUCAGAGUUGGGAGGUGGCAAGAAGAUAAUAGCUUGCCCUCUCAACUUGGUCCAUUGAUCAGUAACACCAUCGUACAGCAAGGAACUGGUAAGACGGUCAAUAACAGUACCGAAGAUAUUACGGAGCUUGAACGAAGUUUUGACUCUAAGAUGCACGAAUAUGCUGUACGGCAUGCAUCCUCAAUGGUCAACUUUCCCAGGAAUUGCACAAGUCAGCUGGACCAAUACGGGGUGCAUGAUGAAGAGCAGAAUGGCAUUGGCGCAGACGAAAACGGGCGGUUAGGUGAGAACCUGAGAGGAGAGUUGCAGGAAGAGAAGGAACAGAUCAUGGCCGACUCUGUUAAAUGCUCGGAUUUACCUCACUUUUCGAAUGCUGAGUGGUCUUCUGUCUCUCUAGUGUAG